UAGCGUUGCGAUUGAGGAAGAGAGGGUUUUGGCCGCCGGAGAUAUAAGACCCGCAUCCGACUGCUUUGGAUUUCCCUUUUCUGCUUUGGAGUAACAGAGACUGUAAAGAGGGCGGAGAGGAAGGGAAGGGGUGAGAGAGUGAGAGAGAGAGAGAGAGAGAGAGAGGAUGAGCGCAGGCGGAGCCAGGGGCAAGGGGGAAGGGCAGGCGGCGGCCGCGAUCCCGUCGGGGUCAAGGAAGUUGGUGCAAAGUCUGAAGGAGAUCGUGAACUGCUCUGAGGCCGAGAUCUACGCCAUGCUGCGCGAGUGUAAUAUGGACCCUAACGAAGCCGUCCACCGCCUCCUCUCCCAAGAUACAUUUCAUGAGGUCAAGAGCAAGCGUGACAAGAAAAAGGAGAUCAGAGAACCACCAGAAUCCAGGUCCCGAACAGUGAGCACCAAUUCAGGUCGUGGAUCUAAAGGUGGUAGUGACCGUGGGGGUCGUGGUACUUCUUCCCAUUCCAGUUUCACUGAUUACGGGACUGGAAAAGGUAAACCUAUAAACAAGAAAGAAAAUGGUGGUAGUGUUGCUCCUGUUUUGUCAGUUGUGGAGUCUGCAACAGUACCAAACAUCCCUACAAAAAGACCAACAGUUCAAAGCACGUCUGCUUCCAUGGGAAAUACAAUGCAUGCAACAAAUUUUGUUGAUGCAAUUCCCACACCCAUGCAAUCUUCAUCUGGCUUCCAAAAUAAUUGGUUGGGAAAGCCAGGACAUGUUUCCAUGGCUGAUGUUGUCAAGAUGGGAAGACCUCAAGGGAAACAUCCAAGCAUGCCUGUUAUUGCAAGUGAAAAGCUGUACUUAUCACAAAAUGCAGCAAUGCUAAAUGGAUCACAUCAAAAUGAAAAACAAAUCCCAGUUUCAAUUCUGCCAUCAGAAUCAAAAGAGAGAUUAGACUCUUUUCAGGAAUCUACCCAUCUUGAAGAUAUUAAUCAUGGCCUUGGAACUGCUGGAGAUCAGCAUAUUUCUAACGAUGGAUGGUCCAUACAUGAUGAGCAACCUACAGAUACUGUGUCAAUUUCUACAGAGAUAACUGGCACUUCAGCAGCUUAUGUUAACCCAUCAUUAGCAGCCCCUGGUGUGGUCAAUUCUGGUUCUGACUUGCAUAUAGACUCUUGUUUGCAAAAUUUCCAAGACCCGGAUGAAAGAUCUAAUGAUAAACCUCAGCCGAUAGAAUCCAUACCUGUAGCAGAGAGGAAGGAGGAUGCUGAAACUUCCAUAGAUGGUUCACAUUCAAAGAGAAUAGAUGCUUACCAAUCUGAAGAUUUUGAAUAUGAUCAUCAUGAAGCUGAGGAUGGUGCAGGGAUUUCUCAAACUGCUGCAACCUUGAUACAAUUAAGCAUACAUGAGGAGACCAGCACAAAAACUACCGAGGCUAGCCCUGCAGUAAUUAUCCCUGACCAUCUGAGGGUUACUAAUGCAGAUUGUGCCCAUCUGAGCUUUGGUAGUUUUGGUUCUGGUGCAUUUUCUGGAUCUUUUCCAUCAAACCCACUAGCCAGAAACUUGGAAGUGGCCCCAGCUAUAGACGAUGCUUCUAAAAUCGAUGAGUCAGAUGCAAGAAAUCUUGAGUACUAUAACAAUGGGCCGCAUAAGUCUACUGUCACUGAGAAUGUAGCUUCUAUAUCUAAAACUGCUUCGGAGAAUCUUGAUGUGACUUCAAUUUCAGAACCGGAAGUGGUGAGGAAUCAUCCACUGGAUGUUACACAUGGGCUUCAGAAUGAAUUUUCAUCUGUUUCCAGUUAUGGGUUGCCAACCUCUUCACAGCCAAAUGCUGCAACUUACACCUAUCUACAAGGAAAUUCACAUAUGCAAAAUAUUUCACCCCUGUCAAAUUUAGUGCAACCAAAUGCUCUGCAAAACAAUAUAUUAGCUGCAGCAAGCAACCCACACCUUCGGGAUUUUGAUCUUCACUUGUCUCCCUUGCUAAUUAACCAGUCAUUGCCGACAAAUUAUGGUGCUAUGGUGUCAUCUAUUGGUGGACCAACCAAUUCCAUGCCUGAGACUAUGAAGCCUGGGAUGUUUUCUAACCCCCAAUCAGCUCCACCAUCCUUGCCUGCCACCACUGUGCUACCGAGCCCUGCGCUCCCUCAAGGUCUUCCUGUUCACCAUUACUCUCAACCAGCACUUCCAUUAGGGCAUUUUGCAAAUAUGAUAAGCUAUCCCAUUCUACCUCCGAGCUAUGCAUACUUGCCUUCUUUGCAACAAACCCUCUCUCCAAACAGCCUUUUCAAUCAAUCUUCAGCUGUACCCAGUGCUGGCAUAGAGUACUCACAACCACAGUACAAAGGCAGUUUAUCCGUCACCAGCUUACCUCAGGCUUCUGCUUUACCCUCUGCCUAUGGAGGAUUUGGAAGCUCCUCCAGCAUUCCUGGAGGCUUCAACCUUAACCAUACGACUAUGGCUUCUAGUACAUCAAUCGGAUUCAACGAAGCUCUUAACCAGCAGUACAAAGAAGUGAGUCAUUAUCUGGCGCUUCAACAGAAUGAGAACCCACCUACCAUGUGGAUUCAUGGUGCUGGUUCAAGAACAAUGUCACCUCUUUCAUCAAGCAGAUUCUACAACUAUCAGGGUCAGAACCAGCAUAGUGGGUUCCGUCAGGCUCAGCCACCAUCACAGCUCAGUGGUUUGGGCUAUUCGAACUUGUACCUCUCCCAAGGAGGCCCUUCGAGGGAACAUCAGCCGAAUCCUGCCGAAGUGAAUUUGAAUGGUCCUCAGACUACGCAGUCUCAGCCAUCCAGCCAAAUCUGGCAACACGGCUACUAAGCUGUCUCCUUGGCCCAAGUUUUUUUGGGUCCUGAAGGAAUGAUGCAUGGUCGGUCGCUAUAAGUUGAUCGCAUGCACACGCUAGUCGGACGGAGCAUUCAACAACUUCUAGGAUGCUAAUGUUAUCGAGCGAGUUUAGGCACGUAUAUUUUAGAGUUCGAGUGUGAUUUUAACGUGUGAUCACGUGGACAAUUUGGACGGUAUUGUUCUUUCAGAUGAUAAAUCCUUCGCUGUAGAGACUUUUGUGGACUUUUCUAACAAAAGCGGUUCUACGGUUCUUUCC